GAUCCAAAGGCCACGCUGAUUGGCUGAAGCGCGUCCAAUCCCUAGGCUCCGCCAAGAGAAGCACAGUCCUGCCCUGAUCGAUGAGGAGCCCUGGCUAGAGGCCUCCGCUGUGGUCACCUUCCCAGCACUGUGUCGCGUGUGUUCUCUCAGAGGGACACUGGUUUCCCUCUGUCUUUAACCCAUCUACCUGAGAAUUACUCCUGAUAUAUCCAAAGUCCAAGUCCAAGAGGUCAAGGCCCAGAAAGAGGUCAAGAAGGACAGACAAAAGUUCUUCUGAACACACGUCCUCAGAUGCAAGGUCUUAUUGUCAACUGAACCGACGGUCAAGAUGGGGUUUAUAUUCUCAAAAUCUAUGAAUGAAAACAUGAAAAACCAACAGGAGUUCAUGGUUACACAUGCUCGACUUCAGCUGGAAAGGCAGCUGACCAUGCAGAACGAGAUGAGGGAAAGACAAAUGGCUAUGCAGAUCGCCUGGUCUCGGGAAUUCCUCAAAUAUUUUGGAACUUUUUUUGGCAUUGCCACCAUCUCUUUAGCAGCUGGAGCAAUAAAGCAAAAGAAGCCAGCCUUUCUCUUUCCUAUCGUUCCACUCAGCUUUAUCUUCACCUACCAGUAUGACCUAGGCUAUGGAACACUUCUACAAAGAAUGAAAAGUGAAGCUGAAGACAUAUUAGAAACAGAAAAGACUAAGUUGGAGCUGCCAAAGGGAAUGAUCACCUUUGAAAGCCUUGAAAAAGCCCGAAGGGAGCAGAGUAAAUUCUUCACAGACAAAUGAAGUCAUGUGUUCAAAGCACAUGGUUCGACUCAAAGCACAGAAAGGUUGGCUUGAAUCACGGUGUUUACAGUUUUUUAAAUGAUCAAAAUUUUGAUACAAUGCAUUUUUUAUUUUAGAAUAUUAAAUUUCAAAAUGAAUUUGUUGGACUAUUUUAGAAUAAAAUUUCUACCACUCAACCAAAUCAUGACAGUAUUCUAAAUGGCAUUCAAAUUUCCUGUGUGUGUGUUUUACAAUUAUCCAAGUGCAAAAUUAAAUAAAUUGUAUUGUUCUGAAUUUGACACCAA